CUCCUUGUUAGUUGUUGUAUUCUUGUUCUUUCAUCGUUUCUGAUUGGUUGAUCACAGCAAACGCAUGUUAUAAAACAGAAUGGAAGUCGUUUUUAUUUUUUAUUCCACAGUUAGCUUUCAACGUGAACACAUCGGAAGGAAAAUGGCUCGCACCAAGCAGACCGCUCGCAAGUCCACUGGAGGAAAGGCUCCUCGCAAGCAGUUGGCAACGAAGGCCGCUCGCAAAAGCGCUCCAGCCACCGGAGGAGUAAAGAAGCCUCAUCGCUUCCGGCCAGGCACCGUCGCCCUGCGUGAGAUCCGUCGUUAUCAGAAAUCGACCGAACUGCUGAUCCGCAAGUUGCCUUUCCAGCGUCUGGUCCGUGAAAUUGCCCAGGACUUCAAGACCGAUCUGCGCUUCCAGAGCUCAGCUGUUAUGGCUCUACAGGAAGCUAGCGAGGCUUAUCUGGUCGGUCUGUUCGAAGAUACCAACCUGUGUGCCAUCCACGCCAAGCGUGUCACAAUCAUGCCAAAGGACAUCCAGCUGGCUCGUCGUAUCCGUGGUGAACGCGCUUAAUUUCCCCGUCGAAAAUCUUACCAAACCGGCCCUUUUCAGGGCCACUAAGUUCAUAUAAAAAAAGAGUUGGAAUAGAUUUCUUAAAGAACUACAAAAAUAGUUUUCACCAAGUCAUGGCUAUUUUUUAUCAUUGAUGGCGCUGUUCCAUUGAUAGUAAGUUAGAAAUUUGGAAAAGUGGAUGGAACGCUUUGGAUGCAUAUUAUGGUGAAAAUAAGUCAAAAAUCAUUCAUUAACGUUUAGUUUUUUUUCCUAGAAAUUUUUGAUAAAUAGUAUUUUCUUACAGGCUGAAUUUUAAUGUAUUUUUUAUGCAGAAUAUGCUAAAUGGGAGGGACUUCAAAUGUUAAUCCUUCCUCCCCCACCAAAUGUUACAGAGUGUCAUCAAAGUACAUGGAAUGUUGAGAUAUUGAGAGUGAAUUUUCUCUUUCAAAUUUUAAUGUUUUGGCUCUCUGGGGAUUGGUAGUAAAGCGGUUAAAACUGUAAGGGAAAAAAAAAGUUUUUUAUUUCAUUCUAGCUUAUUUACAAAACUUUUCAGGAAAAAACUGAACGACAAAGUCCAUUAACGAUUUCUUUAGGUUGU